ACUCUAGAUUGUUUCUAUCUUGCCCUAACCCUAAUCGAGAAAGCGGAAAGACAAUAUAGUUCAGCUGCAUUACAUCAUCAACGGUAUAUGCAUCACCGCUAGAGAACUCAACGGAGCAGAUCCACUCUUCAUUUUGUGGGAAGAAGCAUACAUAAUCUGCUUCUUGUCGAAUUUGCUCACUACUUCAUUUGUCAAAACAACUUUCUUUUCUUUUCGCUUGCUUGCGAAUUGAACUCUGCACCUCUCGGACUUUAAUUUGCUCCAAAAUGGUUCUUUCGAAUGAUAUUGAUCUGCUUCACCCUCCAGCGGAGGUGGAAAAACGAAAGCAUAAGUUGAAGAGGCUUGUGCAGUCCCCAAAUUCGUUUUUCAUGGAUGUGAAGUGUCAAGGAUGCUUCAACAUCACCACAGUUUUCAGUCAUUCCCAGACCGUUGUUGUAUGUGGGAAUUGCCAAACUGUUUUAUGCCAGCCAACUGGAGGACGAGCUCGCCUAACUGAAGGCUGCUCUUUCAGAAAGAAGGGUGAUUGAUUACUCUUUUUUGGUUCACAAUGUUAUUACUUGUGAGUUGUUACUAUUGAUGUGGUCCGUGUAUUUGCAAGCAAUUGCUUGCCUUGGAGUUAAGCUGUGAAAUAUGCCAAGUGUCAUGCCCUCUUAAUUUCAGACUUUGGACAAUCUUUGUUAUACAAGCUAUAAUAGGAUGUGACUAUGAGACAAACAUAACUGUUUUUUCAUCAUAUUCAAUUGCUGAGAUUAUGUAAUUUUUAAUUA